UUUUGUGUUUUGUUUACAGAACACUGCAUUUUUGCAUGUUUGAACAGCCGGGAGCCAGUGGCAUGAUGACAUUACAAUUUUUUGGAUGGGAGACAGUUCAUGACAAUAAUCAUCAUUUGCAUUCAAAUCAGGAACCAGUGAAUGGCAGAGAAUACAUCAUGUACCAUGGUACCUCAGUCAGCAAUGCAAGGUCCAUCAUACAAUCAGGUUUCAAGCAAUCAAGCAAGGGCAUGCUCGGUCCAGGGGUCUAUGUCAGUAGAGACAGGGAGAAAGCCAGAAGAUAUCCCAUUAACACUCCAAAUGAUAGAGUUAUUUUAAUGUUGAAAGUACAAGUAGGAAAAGUCAAGAAAAUAGAUAAAGAAAAUCAUCCCAUGUCAACAACUUGGAAACAACAUGGAUAUGAUACAGCAUGGGUUCCUCCCAACUGUGGGAUGAGAAAUGUCCCCAGUGGAUUAGAGGAAGAUUGUGUUUGGGAUCCACAAAGGAUCCAGGUGAUUGACGUAAUAAAUUCCCCUGAUCCUGUGACAACACAGCAGUUGAAAGACUUGCUUCAAGCAAACCUGAACAGCAAGCCUGUGCCUGGGCCAGAGAUGGUGGAGCAUUGUCAGGCCUGUAAAAAUACAAUGGUACCUUCCCAUCAGUUACAGCUCUGCUGGGGGUGUGGACAGACCAUCUGCCCUUUCAUGGCAAAACACAUAUGCAGCUAAACAUUCAAAAGUGAAACCACAUCAACUUGACAUGAUUGCUAACUUCAUUUAUUUUACUGUCUCAUGUUUCUCUGUCUCAUAUUAACUGCCUUGUUAACAAUAUACUGCAGGGAAUUUUCAGCAUCAAUUGUUAAAAAUGACCUUAUUUUAUACUUUGAAUUACUUUUGUGUUGAGAAAGGAGAGAGAUUAGAUUAGAUUACUUACAGUGUGGAAACAGGCCAACAAGUCCACACCGACCUGCCGAAGCG